GUUAUUUCAUUUGUUUUAUAUUUUCUGUUGGGUUUGACUGGACAAUUCACAAUUAGAUAUGAACCUCUUCAGAGUGAAGCAGGUAAAAUGUUACUUAAGAGAUCUGGAAGAGCUCCUGAUGAUAUCUCAAGUGUUGUGCUUGUUGAAAAUGACAGAUCAUACAUAAAGUCAGAAGCUGUGCUGAAGAUAAUGGAAUACAUAGACUUUCCCUUUCCUCAGCUAGCAUUUCUUGUUCAAUUUGUGCCUCUGUUUAUCAGGGAUUUUGCUUAUGACAAUGUUGCAAACAAUCGUUACACGAUAUUUGGUCGUUCAGAAUCAUGUGAAAUAUAGGAUCUUCCAGACAUGAAUAUUAGUCAUAAAUAAAAACUAUGAUUCUCAUACUUGUAUAUGUAUUGUUCUCAGAUCUUUCAGUGAAAGUCUACAUAUACUGUAUAGCAGAGCUUUACCUUGAUAAAUAAGUUGUUCUUUUUGAUGGAAGGAGAGGACAUCAAUUCAUAAUAAUAUCUUCUGUCCAAAAUGAUUUCACAGUUUCACUUUUAA